AGUAUUGAUACAAUUACGGCUGAUAUGUGCAAGACCUACACGAUUUAAUAACAUAUCCAGAAAGCUGUUGAUUAUACCAACUUUAUAUUUCAGCUUUACGAACACUAAGAAAGGGGAUUUUCACGAUUACGGUCCAGUAGGCUUUGUAUGGGCUGUUACCCUAUUUGUAGCCUCUAUGAAAAGUAUAGAUUUGGGAUUCACACCGAGAUCACGGGUCAGGUAUAUAGGAACACGAAAAGAACGUAUGAAGGAGAGUGAAGGCGAUAUCCACAAAGAUCUUGGCUGGUCUGCUUUCUUUGAGUUACUUACAAACUUAAGAGGUGUAGGAUGGGAAUGGGGAUACACGCUCGACAAACUACCUGAAGUUUACUAUCAUAAUUUCUGCAUCAAGAGUAUUAUAGAUGCGUUGAAACAUUUGUUUAUUUCUGCAAUCUCUGUUGGUAUCUUGACACAUGCAAUGGAUAACAAUGAUAGUCUGGCGAUUGGUUUCGGUUUCAGACAAACGGCUAGUACGCAAUUCGCGAGUGAUGUAGUUCAGACUAUUGCACUUGCUGCUGCUGCUUGGUCCGGUCUUUCACUCGGUUAUCGCCUGAUAGCACUUACUGUAUUUUCGGUCAAGAAACUCACUAGAAGUAGAUUUGACGUCGAGAGAUGGCCCUGUCUUUUACAAGACCCUCUACAAAUGACAAGUAUUCAUGAUUUUUGGUCUAACAAAUGGCACGCUCUCUUCAAAAGACAAUUCGUCGUCUGUGGAUACAAACCUAUUUUAUUCAUCUGCAAAAGACUAGGAAUAAAAGGCGAUUUGGCUAGUUUGCUCGGAAUGCAAGGCGCUUUUUUUGUCAGUGGUCUUUUGCAUGAAUAUGGCAUACGGAAUGCCCUCAAUGAUGUUAAACACCCUAACCACUAUCCUUCAAUGCUAUUUUUCCAAUUAUCUGCAGUCGCGAUUGGCUUCGAAUUACUAUUUGAACGUCUCACUAAACGCAAAAUCAGUGGCAUUUCAGGUAGAGUUUGGGCAUGGACAUUUUUGAUCAUAACAGCAAUCCCAUUGAUGAAACACUGGCUUCACGAGGGUAGAUUGGGUUAUAUUGUUCCACCGCGUCUCUGGACAUGGCAGAGAAUAAUCACCCCGUUCGGUUUCCUCGCUAAAGCAGGUCAUUUGUAAUAACAUAACAAAUUGUAUACAUAUCAAUAGAAAAAGAUACAAGGCUUUUUUAAAUCAUUCAAGACAAAGUGAAAAUAUUAGGUGAGCACGGUUAUGGUUAGUCAUUCGUCGGAACAUUUUCAUUAGAAUUGGCUAUCUGUUGCUGAUUUCUCCUUUUGCGAGAUUUGUGCAUUUCUUUCUUCAAGGCUUGACUGUCCAGGGGUUUUAAGAGUUCGAAUGCACAUAAUAAAUCCUGUGAAACUGACAUUAUUGCACCAAAGUUAUCAAAUUCUCCACAAUAGUUUGGUGCACUGAAUAUUGUAACUAAAGUCCUAUCAUUCCAGAAUUCAUAACCACUGGUGUUGUUAGAAAAAGAAUACUUGAAUGACGACGACUCACUCUUCGACCACCAUGUGGGCUCUACAUAUCAAAUCGAAUUCAUAUCGACUGAGGAAAUCAUUUAUAACACUUUUACCAAAGCAGUAACUGACUCCUCGUUCAUUCUCCUCCCAAUCGUAAGCGGUAUCACUUGGAUCUGACCAUAAUAAAUCGUUAAGUAGACCAUAAUCGGGUACAUCUAAAGGUCGCUGUAUACGCCUGAUAUCAUCCAUUGUAGUUAAAUUUGGUGAUAAACCGCCAUGUAAGCAAAAUAUUUUUGAUGCAACAACGGCUGCAAUUGGUAGCGAAUUAAAGACAUCAACGAAUUGUUUCCAAAUUUUAACGUUUGAACGCCUUUUACAUUCAUCAUAAAAACCGUAAACUCUUGUAACGUUUGCGCAUUCAUGAUUUCCACGUAAUAAGAAAAAAUUUUCAGGGUAUUUCAGUUUAUAACAUAGUAAUAAUAAGAUAGUUUCAAGUGAUUGUUUACCUCUAUCAACGUAAUCGCCCAAGAAAAGAUAAUUAGAUUUAGGUGGAAAGCCAGACAUGUCGAAUAAUCUAAUCAAGUCAGAGUAUUGACCGUGAAUGUCUCCAACUAUUUUAACAGGUGGGUUUAGCUCUAUUAAAGUCGGCUGAUUGAGCAAUAAGUCUCUUGAUAAUUGUAGCAGCUGGGUAAUUUCUGUUGAUUUUAUAGGUAGAGUCUUAGAGUAUUUAGCUGAAUAGCCAAUAUUUAAUAACCUCUGUAUAAUAUCAUCAAUAUCUAUACUAUCAUCAUCUGUGUUACUCGGCUGCUGUCCCACGGUUGUUGCCGUUGUCGUUGUCGAUGUCGUUGUCGGUGGUGCGUCUAACGGGGCAGAUAAUGGUGGUGGGGAAGGAGAUCGCUUUGUAUCCUCCUUUUGACUGAAUUUAUUAAAGAAAUUGUUUAACCUGUUAAUUUUUAAUUAUUCUCGCUCUAGCACUUCG